CUCAAAGCCCAGCACACGCCAGUGUGUGUGAGAGUGGAAACCGUGCUAGAGAGAGUAAGAGAUCUAAGGUAAUCAGUGUUAAAAGAAGAAGAAAGUUUAAAGAAAUUGGGAACCUGAUUCCAUCGCAUGUGGGAUAUUUACUGGAUCUUGCUAAUCUUGUUAUGAAGAGACACUUUAGCUAAAGCAGCAUCUUGAAGGUGACUUUCGACUUAUGUGGAACUUUCAGUGGUCACGAUCAACUGACAAACACCAUAGAACAAGACCUGCGAGGACAAGACUUUUGUCUUCAAGUUCCUCUUCACUCACAGACAGAGAACAUCCAGAGUUUUUACUGUAAUCCGAUCCUACACACUCUCCAGUAAUUAUAAAGCAGAGCUGGGAAGCAGUAAAGGAGAUUUGUCAUUAAGGCUGCCUAAAUAAAGAGGCAGGCAAAGGGCGAGGUCUGUGGAUUGGGCCGUGGAGGUGCAGCGACACUCAUCUGAUUCAUCGAGAUCCACCCAAAGCUUCCUAUGGACCCCCAAGGAGGCCAUUAUCUAAACAAGGCAGCAGUACUGUCUGGAGUCGGCGCUGCCCGGAUGUGCCAGCUGCUUCUGGGUUGCACCACCAUGGCCUUGGUGGCCCACAGUGCAGGUUUCAGCGCCACCUACGGGACCUACUGCAUGUUCGUCUGGUGCUUCUGCUUUGCCGUCACACUGGUGGUCUUCACUCUGGACGUGACGAGGCUACAUGGGUGUAUGCCCAUCUCCUGGGACAACUUCACUGUGGCCUUCGCCAUGUUGGCCACUCUCAUGUACGUCACGGCCUCGAUAGUCUACCCCGUCUACUUCCUCAGAUCCGAGUGCCCAUCCGAGGGCUGCGAGGUGCGCAACUAUCGCAUCGCCGUCACCGUCUGCUCCAGUGUCUGCUGCUUCGCUUAUGGAGCCGAGGUGUUCAUCACACGGGCCAAGCCGGGCCACGUGGUUGGCUACAUGGCCACUGUGUCUGGGCUGCUCAAGGUGGUCCAAGCCUUCAUAGCCUGCAUCAUCUUCGGCGCUCUGGCCAAUGACAGUGAAUACAACCGCCACAUCCCUACUCAGUACUGCGUGGUGAUCUACAGCCUGUGCUUCGCUGUAACCGUCGUGGUGGUGGCUCUGACCGUCUCGGGGAGAACGUCUUCGCUGCGCUUCCCUUUCGACCGCUUUGUGGUCAUCUACACCUUCCUGGCUAUGCUGCUGUAUCUGAGUGCUGCUGUGGUCUGGCCGGUUUUUAGUUUUGAUAAGAAGUAUGGCACCCCGGGGCGACCAGAAGACUGUCCGAGAGGAAAGUGCCCAUGGGACAGCAAGCUGGUGAUUGCCGUGUUCACUUGUGCCAACCUGGUGCUGUACUUCACCGAUCUGGUUUACUCUCAAAGAAUACGAUUUGUCUCGCAUUCAGCUGCAUAAGACCAGCUCAUCUCCAGAACGGUGGACAUAUGAAUACUGGAAAUGAGGCAUGAAAAUUUUGUAACAUACAGCCAUGCCAAUAAAAUACAGCUGUGU